GUUGCAAUGGAGGUGGAGUCUGCGGACUCCUCCCCGUCCUCCUCCCCGCAGCCUGCCCCAGCGGCAGUGGCGACCAGGCGGGGGGGGCAGGGCGAUUGGCAUCGCCUCACGCUCAACCCGCUCUCCUCGUUGCAGUUUCUCCUCGGAGAAACGUCGCGACUGGCGGGCUUUACCUGCCGCAGCGCGCGAAUAUGGCCGGACGGUGGGUUCCUCGGAACCCACCGGGCCGUAGGAUCGCAACUCCAGCCAGGAGUUCGGUGGUUGCUCGUGGACGAGCACGAGAUCGCGGCUCAUGACAGCCCGCAUCUCGCGGUGCCGCCCUCGCCCCUGGUGGCUGAGGUCCCCCAACGAGAGGUGGCACCAGAGCUCCCCCCAGCAACCUCCUCGCCUCCGGCUGAGGUUUCCCUCCCCUGUGCUGCUUCUCUGGCCACACGUGGGUCUUCCCCGCUCCCGGAACCAACUGGUCCACCGAUGAGCUUUCACCCCCGUAACCGUGGGCCUCCCGCACAGGUGGAGCACUCA